AAAUUCAACUUCAGAAGCAAUAUCUGUUUUUAAAAAUUUUUAAUUGUGUUUAAUUGCAGCCUAAAUUUUUGUAAAUUAUUUUGCGCCUAAGAGUAGGGAAUGUUUAUCAAAUGCAGAAUAUCAUCCGUGGACUAAAUGAAGAACGUACUUUACAUGAAUUUGCAUUAUAAUUGUAUUUGUGUGCCAUUUAGAGAAUAAUGUUCGCAGCGGAUAAACUGACGCUGAAUCCCCAGCAAAUAUUAAACGAAAUUGUGACACUGCUGGAAACCACAGCCGUGCCAAGUGAUGGAAAUGCUUUACUGUUGAAUCAGGAGAUGCAACGUCGUCUCGAGUACGUGCGCACGCGUAUUUUGCAACUGUUGAAGCAGGUGCAAGCUCGCUAUUCACGCAACGAGGAGAUUCUUGUGCGCCGUCUAAAGCCACGUUCUCUCAAAUCGCAGAGAGAAUCGCUGGCAGCUGAUGAAAGCAUAAGCUUUACGGGUGCCGUGCUUCGUGGAGGAACGUUUUUUUUCAAGGGCAAUUUGUACUUUCGCGAUAUGCAUGGACGCAGUUGUCCCAACAAUGAGGACUACGAUAGACGCAGUAGCACUGAAAUGUUUCCCACUGACUUCGAUAUGCGCUCUAAGCAUGUGUGGACGGUGCUCGAUAAAAAGAAUAUCGUUAUGGGCAUUAAAGAGCAGCUGCUGUCACAUGUUACCUAUAAUAAAACAGGAAGUCGACCAGGCAAACGCAAGAACAUUGAUUUGCACACACAAACAUUGGCCAGUUUGCUGAGUUCUGUGGAUAGCACUUUUAGCAUUGACUGGAAUGAGAUCAGCAUUUCGAAAUUGGAGCGUCGUCAUUCCGCGUACAGCUGUGAAGCCAUGUGGUUCGUGUAUUUGCAUCCACAGCUCAAACGCGACGACUGGACUGCCGAGGAAGAUGAGCGUCUCUUAGAGGUGGCUCAAAGCCACAAGCUACAGGAUUGGCAAGCUAUUGCAAGUGCGGUAUCUCAGCGUUCCGACUAUCAAUGCUUUGUGCGCGUCCAGACUGCAUUACGAUUUUACUUGGAACCUUUGUGCAGCGUUAAAUGGAGUGAACAGGAUAAUGUUCGAUUGCGGAAGAUUGUCGAGCGAAAUACUGUGAAUGGAGUCACUGAUUGGCCUCAGGUAGUCGAGCACUUCCCAGGUCGAUCGAAAUCCACGCUAAUUGGACGCUAUUUGUAUGUGCUGCAUCCCAGCAUAUGUCAUGAACCUUUUACGGACAAAGAGGACUUGAUGCUGUUCGCUGCCGUCGAAGAGUACAAUGGUAAAUUUCAUUGCUUUCCCCGCACACUCUUUCCAAAUCGAUCGCUGGCACAGCUACGAACGCGUUAUCACAAUGUGCUGGCCCAGCGUAACAAGACGGAUUCGUGGUCUGUAGAGGAUGACAACAAGCUAAUGGGAUUUGUGAAGUCCCAUGGCACCUCGCAAUGGGUAAACUGUGCCAGUCAUUUGGGCAAUCAUACACGCACAAGUUGUCGCACACGCUUCAUGGUUAUCAAGCGGUUCUUGGAACAGCAUCCCGAUGCAGAAGUCUCCGAUAUACCUCGACGAAAGACGACAAAAAAUGCAGCAGUUACCUCAGAGAAUUGGGUGCAACGUUUCCAGGAGUGGCAAGAGGAUCCAGACUCAUUACUUGACCACUCGGAUGUGAGGCCAAAAGCAAAGAAAAUCAAGCGCGAGCAACUUGCCAAUGUGAAUAAGCGGCGCGGCAUAGAUGUUCACAUCUAUGAGUACUUCAAGUUUGCCUAUCAUCUCUCAUUGCAAUCGCCUGCGCCACAAAUACCUCUGCCUAGAGAGAAAGGUAAACUGAAUGUUGUAGCAAAAGCACUUAGAUUUCGACCUGUAACUACUUCAAGUGAUAAGCUCGUCGAGAGUAUUGCGUUGCCCAAGUAUCUAUGUCGGUGCUAUAGUGAAAUGUUAAGUCAACUACCGCCGGCCACUAAUGAUGGUGUGUCACAAGCCGCGGCCUUGCUGCAACCCAAUUGGUCCACGAUGAUGGGAUUCCGAUCCAUUUGUAUAUUGUCAGCGCACUGUCGUAAACAUGCGACGCAGUCGUCAAUUGACUAUGACGAAUCUCAUGCAGCUGUUCAGCUAUUCCGACAACGUUUACGUACCCUCUUCUUUCGGACAACGCUGUUAAGUCGUUUGGAACCGUCAAUGUUUGAACAACUGCCAGUGGCUUUGAUGAGACUACCGCGUCCAGUUGUUAAUUAUCCCCUGCGCGACACGAGGACACGCGUUGAUGCCCCAUUACAAUCACGUUCAAAAUUGACGCCAACUCAAGAACAAGAAACGGCGCGCAGGCAAAUUAAGGAAUUGGAACCUAUGUCGAAGUCCGAGCCAAUUGAUUGCAAAGAGGAACCUAUUUUUAAGGAAGAGUUGUCUAUUGAUUAGCACAAGUCAAUAGAAUUAUAUACAACCGAUGGAUUUAAAUGUGUUUUAUAAUAACUAAUAUCGUAUUUAAG